CGCGCUGUCACGUCUUCACUUACAACUGUACUUACUUUACCUUGCCAUGGUCUCGCCCCCCUCCUCACAUCGAAACCUUCAAGAAUGUGAGAUGACCCGCAAUCAACGAGGUCUAGUAGAAACGUGUUUUGAGGAGGGUCAAUACGAGUCUGGCAUCGCGGUGCUCGAACAACUAAGAUCCGAAAACUUUAAGCCACCCGUGUCUCUCAUCCGUCAACUCUUCUACAUCGCAUUGUACCCCCCACCCCCAUCCCUCCAUUGUGGGGAAGAGCGCGAUCUCGAUCCCGCUUCGCCAUCAAAAGGCUCUCCUACAAAGCAGAAACAUCAGGCACCAAAAAUGACAUUUGCUCCUUCAGUCAGUGCAUCGGAAGCCGCGCAGCGCUUGUUAUUAUCCUUUGUUAGAACAAAUACACCUGCAUCUCUUUUUCAGGCUUUGCCACAACCGCGUAUUAAUGGCAGAAGCAGCGAAUUACCAUUCGAUGGUGGUGAUCAUGACUCUGUUGUAGCAAAGGAGUCCUUGUGCAUUAAGGACGCGAAGAACUGCUGGGCAAUACUCAAGGAAGGUUUCGUGUCGCGAAUAAAGAACUCUCCACCGUCCCUACUGGCAGGGAAGAGGAAACGCGGCAAACACAUCAUUGAUACUGAAGAGUGUGUCGAGGAGAAUCGCGGUAAUUCAAUCCUCGCUCCUGUUGCAGAGCACGCUUGGUUAGUCUUGCGGUGGCUGGUUGAGCUCUUUCAGCGGGAUGAAUCUUUGUCAUCUGGAGAUGUUUUAGCGAAGCAUUCACCAUUAUUGUUGUUGCAGAUUCCCCCGCCGAGAAGCGGUACUGGUUCUCGGUGGGAAGCUGAUGCACCUCUAGACAUCGUAUUCUACUGUCUUUCGCAAAGUCAACCGCAGCAACGGCAGCUGGGUCUCGACCUGAUGACGCUGCUCAUCGGUGUCUGUCUAACAGCAGAAUUUGACUUCCAAAUGUUUCUGGAGCAAGUCACGUCACGACUAUAUUCAGCCUCCCCAGAAAUUGUCCAGACUUUCAUGUCAGGCUUGCAUCUGUCACAUUCAGCGCAACUGUUCAAACUGGCGCUCUGCCGCAAAUUCCUCUCCGAUGAAUCAGGCGGGAAAAACACAUCCACCCGUCGCCCAAAGCCACAAGCACGAGCUGUGAGAGCAGCGCGAGGCAUUGCCCCUGUGAGGGAGGAGAACCUAUCAUCUUCCAGUGCAAACGAUUCGUCUGCCUCUUUUUCCGCUAGCAAGAUUUCUAUGCCUCCUACCGGCGAUGUCGUCCACCUUCUUACAGGGACCAAGGGACGCAGUUCAAGCCCUGCGAUUUUAAUCGUGAAGAAGGAACUUCUGAUCUCGUACGCCUACCUGCAGCAGAUCGCGGAACAACGUGACGUGGAAUGGCAGCAAUUAGCAACAGGAGGGCGUCUCGAGGACCUAGUCAACUCAGUAUUUGGCGGAGAGAGCUAUGCCCAGCAAGACAGGGAUGCUCUAAUUAGUCUUGUGAGAGUCUGGGCCAUGAAUUGAUACUUGCAUUUCAUCCUUAUGUGGUAAGGCGAUAUCUUGUGAGAUCUUCCUGCUGUUAUGACAUUGUAAAAUUACUCAAACCAGUAAUAAGAUGAUGUACACCUCCCAUGACGAUGCUUAAUACUAUGAAUGCAGAUAGAUUGUGG